AUGCAGAGACCUCAAAGAUAUGAUUUCGUCAACAUCAUCACGCCAACCGAUCUUCCCAGCCCGGAACACCGCAGGAACGUGCACAUGCUGUCCAUGCGCGCAUUCCGGCGCCGGCAGCGCAUCCGGCGGGUACGUGAAUACAACCAAUCCCGGCCACUGGCCCCUGCCAACAGCGAUCGAAUGAACGAGUCGGGAGGCCAAUCGAUCCGCUUUGACUCGAUUGGCAGCUCUACGCAGCUGUCUUCGAUCCAACAGAGCCUCCUGUUUCACUUCUCCACGGUCAUCGGGCCCUCUUUGCUUCCCUGCGGAUCCACAACGGGCCAAAGUAACUGGGUGGCUCCUUGGCUUCGCCUUGCCUUGGCAGAGCCUCUCAUCCUUUACGCCUUGUGCAGUCAUGCUGCCACCGACCGAGCGAGCAGAGGCGCGACCGACACCGUUAGCUCUCUCCGCUUUCGCAGCUUGACUCUCGCCGGAGUACGCGAGAGGCUCGCCGCCAACGACGGUCUACCACACGACAGCACCAUUGCCGCAGUCCUUCUCCUUACAGCUGGAACGCUCAUAACCGGCAACAUCGAGGAGCUCUUUCAUCACAUGCAAGCCCUUGAGCGGCUGGUAAAACUGCGAGGUGGGCCAGAGAAGCUUGGGUGCGGCGGGAUAGUACCGUUGGCGAUGGAGUGGCAUCAUCCCAGCGUAGCACUUCUCCUCCAACACUCCCGCAAGCCGUUACCGACCGCCAGCAGAAACUUCGGCCCUUCUCGAGAUGUGUACAUGCUUUUACGACAAUGCCGAGGCUUGGUCGCACAGAUGGAGAAGUUCGAGCUAGGCGACCCUACCGCCAUCCAAGAUGCCGCAAAAUUCGGCGUCAGACGAUCCGCCUUGGAACAUGGGCUCGUGACGUCCUUUCAAGAAGGGCAUCAUACUAUGAUCGACACGGUGACUCUGCUGGCCGCUAUGACGCUGGCUUUCACCUAUCUGAGGCGCUUUACCCUGCGGACCCCAACAGUUGUGGUGUUGCGACAACACUUGCGGCGAGUACUGGAGAGCAGUCGCAGUCUACAGAACGACGACGAUUUACCGGACGACCAGGCUGCGACUGUAUUAUGGGCAAGUGCGGCGGCCAUCAAGGCAGGAGUAGGGACAACACAUCGCUCCACUUUGCAUCAUCUUAUCCUGAUCUCGAUUCGAAGGCUGAAGAUUCAUGACAUCGGACGAAUUGAUGGAGUUCUACGCGGCUGUGCUUGGGCCGGUGCACUGUGGACUCCGGAGCUGACUGAUAUGAUGGCCACGGGGCUUGCAGAGGCUAAUACCGUUGACUAUAAAACUGAGCAUUAA